CCGGCUGGCAUCCCCGAGUCGCCGCCUGCCCCGCCGCGCGGAGCGAGCGCCGCCUCCGAGGGGCGCCGGAGCCAUGACCCUCCGCCGACUCAGGAAGCUGCAGCAGAAAGAGGAGGCGGCGGCCGCCCCAGACCCCGCUGCCCCGGCCCCCGACUCGGAAGCUGCUCCAGCCCCUCCGACCCCGACCCCGGCCUCGGGCCCCCCUGCCGCAGCCGCCUGCCCUGGGACCCCCGGGGACGAGCUGUACGCGGCGCUGGAGGACUAUCACCCGGCCGAGCUGUAUCGCGCGCUCGCCGUGUCCGGGGGUACCCUGCCCCGCCGAAAGGGCUCGGGACUGCGCUGGAAGAAUCUCAGCCAGAGUCCUGAACAGCAGCGGAAAGUGCUAACUUUGGAGAAGGAGGAGAACCAGACCUUCGGCUUUGAGAUCCAGACUUAUGGCCUUCACCACCGGGAGGAGCAGCGCGUGGAGAUGGUGACCUUUGUCUGCCGGGUUCAUGAGUCCAGCCCUGCCCAGCUGGCUGGGCUCACACCAGGGGACACCAUCGCUAGUGUCAACGGCCUGAACGUGGAAGGCAUCCGGCAUCGGGAAAUUGUUGACAUCAUUAAGGCGUCUGGCAACGUUCUCAGACUGGAAACUCUGUAUGGGACAUCAAUUCGGAAGGCGGAACUGGAGGCUCGUCUGCAGUACCUGAAGCAAACCCUGUAUGAGAAGUGGGGAGAAUACAGGUCCCUAAUGGUGCAGGAGCAGCGGCUGGUGCACGGCCUCGUGGUGAAGGACCCGAGCAUCUAUGACACGCUGGAGUCCGUGCGCUCCAGCCUGUACGGUGCGGGCCUGCUCCCGGGCUCACUGCCCUUUGGGCCUCUGCUGGCCGCCCCCGGGGGCUCCCGCGGCGGCGCGCGGCGGGACGGGGGCGACGCGGACGACGCCGUCUACCACACGUGCUUCUUCGGGAGUGCUGAACCGCCUGAACCCCCGCCGCCCCCGCCCCCCGCGCGCGCGCCCGGCCCGGGCCCCGCCGACGCUCCGACCCCAGGGCCCCGGGCGGUGCUGAGCCGCAGCGCCAGCGUGCGGUGCGCGGGCCCCGGGGGCGGCGGCGGCGGCGGCGGCGGCGGCGGCGUGGGCGCGCCGAGCGCUCUCUGGACUGAGGCCCGCGAGCAGGCCCUGUGCGGCCCCGCGCGCAAAACCAAGUACCGCAGCUUCCGCCGGCGGCUGCUCAAGUUCAUCCCCGGACUCAACCGCUCCCUGGAGGAGGAGGAGAGCCAGCUGUAGGGGCGGGGGCGGGCG